UCCUUCCCCGCCCUUUCUCUUCCCGGUUUCCCAGUCUGCGGUCCUGUUGGGUGGCUGCUUCCGGUGGGACCGCCGAACAGGGCGAGUCAGUUUCAGCUCCUCGUUAUGUCUUACGGUCCCUUAGACAUGUACCGGAACCCGGGGCCCUCGGGGUCCCAGCUUCGGGACUUCAGCAGCAUCAUCCAGACAUGCAGCGGCAAUAUACAGCGGAUCAGCCAAGCCACUGCCCAAAUAAAGAAUUUAAUGAGCCAACUGGGAACUAAACAGGACUCCACCAAGCUACAGGAAAAUCUGCAACAGUUACAGCACUCCACAAAUCAGCUUGCCAAGGAAACAAAUGAAUUACUGAAGGAAUUAGGGACCUUGCCUCUUCCCUUGUCUACUUCAGAACAGCGCCAGCAGAGACUUCAGAAGGAACGCCUCAUGAAUGACUUCUCGGCAGCCUUAAACAAUUUCCAGGCUGUGCAGAGAAGGGUAUCUGAAAAGGAAAAGGAGAGCAUUGCCAGAGCAAGAGCUGGAUCUCGACUUUCUGCGGAAGAGAGGCAAAGAGAGGAGCAGCUCGUCUCUUUUGACAGCCACGAGGAAUGGAACCAGAUGCAGAGCCAGGAGGAUGAAGUGGCCAUCACCGAACAGGAUCUGGAACUUAUUAAAGAGAGGGAAACAGCGAUUCGGCAGCUGGAGGCUGACAUUUUGGAUGUCAAUCAGAUAUUUAAAGAUUUAGCUAUGAUGAUCCAUGACCAAGGCGACCUGAUUGAUAGCAUAGAAGCCAAUGUGGAAAGCUCAGAGGUGCAUGUGGAAAGAGCCACUGACCAGUUACAGCGAGCUGCUUACUAUCAGAAAAAAUCUCGCAAGAAGAUCUGUAUCCUGGUGCUUGUCCUGUCAGUGAUUGUUGCUGUCUUCGCACUUGUUAUGUGGAUAGUUUAUGGAAAGUGAUUGCUUCGGAGCCUUCUCCCACUGAACUGUUUUCAAGGGCAAGUGCUUGCUGGAGUCUGCCAGAACAAACUGAUCACAGGAAGAGAGCAUAUAUCAGAACGUCCUGUAAUUAUUUAGUUAGAAACUACUAACCAGUCCUUGGAAUUAGUGACCUCUAGAGGCAGUAAUUAUCCAUUUAUGUAUACAUUGUACUGAUUUCUCAAAUUAGGAAUUGAUUUGUAUUUUGCUUUCUCUUCUAUUCUGAUUGCCCUUUAUCCCAAAUGUUUACUGAAAAUUUCAUUCUAGAUAUUCUUGUUUUAACAGGUGACACUACAGUCUUGUAAAUUGUCUUUUUAUGUAUACACAAGAUUUACCUUUUUACUAGCAACUGAGAAUUACUUUCUGGCACCCAGCAUAUUGGAAUUUGUCAGAAACGUAAAAGAAGCCAGCAGUUUUUAUUAUUUAACAUUUUAAGUUGAAUUUUUAAGAAGCCUAUUCUCCAUCUGCUUGGAAAGAUUUUGGCAGUGUAUUUAACUAGAAAGUAAAAAAUUGCACAUGUGGUCCAGAUUAAAUGAGAAGUAUCUAGGUGAGCUUACCAGGUGUUGAGGUACACAUUACUCUGGGUAUAAAGUUUGCUUUAUUACCUGCUGAUGUCAUCCACAGCAGCUCACCCAUACACACACUAAACCAUCAUGUUUACUGUCUGAAGAGACUAAUUUCAUUAGCAUUACUAUAUUCCAAGGUGUCCCUCUCCACCUGCCUGUAUAGAAAGGGAUAAUUAGACAAAGCAUGCUUUUGGAAAGCCACUAGGAGUUGUGUAGAAUGAUUUAAUCUUUUUGGUGGUGUCGUUCAGUUGUGGUUCUGCAUUUCUGGUGAAUGAUGAAUGUUGCAGCCCAAACACCGCCCAGCCCUGUAAGGGUUGCUGGGUAUUUGAUGGCAGGAAGAUUUUAAAAGCUAAACUGAAGUUGUUUUAAAAUUUAGUGCUGUGAACCUGGCGAUAAGGCAAAAGAAAGGUUCAUUUUUGUAAAUAAUACUGGUUUGGAAUAGUGAUGUUAGACUUAAUUUAUGAACAAGGAAUUAAUCUCUCAUAGUUUUAGACAAAAAAAUGUUUCAAUAAAAGAUUGUUGUCUUGUAAUAUAAAUAUUUGUUCACUUCCCUUUUUCACAGGUCUAGGACAGUGAAAGGGAAUGUGAUUUCUUUAACCUCUCACAUAAAUGUGAAUUGGGCCAAGAAUUUCAGUUUGUCCUUAAGUGAAUUAGAGGAUUUGACUACCAUGGGUAUAUUUAUAUUAAUUUCUUCCAUUCCUUUUCAUGUUCCUUAACCUUCUUUUACUAAACUCAUGUGAACAGUAGGGAAACAAGGGCCCAAAUGCGUAAGGUUUUUUUGCACUCUUGCACCAUUCUACCCACUUAAUACAAAUAAACACUUUAAAAACUUU